AAGAAAUAACAAAUUAACGGUUGCAAACAAAGGAAAAGCAGAGAAUGAGUGGGGCAAGAGAAAGCGCGAACGAACAAACAAGCGCCGUGUUCAUCUUUCUCUGAAUUGAAAAAGAUGGCACCAUAUUCUUCUUACUUAGAGAGAAUCUCAAUGUGUAUGUUAAUGAGUAGAAUCCAAACACUCCUCUGAAAUUAAAAACCCUGCAUUCCAUUCCAUUGCAUUGCAUUCCCAAUUCUCACUUAAUUAGUUCAAUUUUUUAUGAACAAUGGCGAUGAGUUGCUUCUCUCACAUUCUCUCUCCUCCGCACAUCACCACCUUCAUUUCUCACUCAACAACACUUUCUCUCACCAACAAAAUGAACUCGGUAGAGCUCCACAACAGAAGCUCCAUCACCAUAUCCUCAAAAUCAAGGACGAAGAAAACCUUCGCUAUUGAGAAUCGUAUCGAUGUUGAAACUGAAAUUGCAGUAGUUGAGAUCGAGAAACCUCAAUUCGAAGUUUCCAAAGGCUACCCCUCUCCCUUCGGUGCUACUGUUCGUGAAGACGGGGUCAAUUUCGCCAUUUACUCUCUAAACUCACUCUCCGCUACUCUCUGUUUGUUCACUCUUUGUGACUUCCAUAACAAUCAAGUGACGGAGUACAUUACUCUUGAUCCAUUGGUGAAUAAAACGGGAUGUGUUUGGCAUGUGUUUCUAAAAGGAGAUUUUAAAGAUAUGUUGUAUGGAUACAAAUUUGAUGGCAAAUUUUCUCCUCAACAAGGACACUACUAUGACUCUUCUCGAUUAUUACUUGAUCCUUAUGCAAAAGCAGUUAUAAGCAAAGGAGAGUUUGGGGUUGUAGGACCUGAUGGUAACUGUUGGCCCCAAAUGGCUGGUAUGGUGCCCUUUGAUCAUGAGGAGUUUGACUGGGAAGGAGACUUGCCUUUGAAAUAUCCACAAAAGGAUCUUAUUAUAUAUGAACUGCAUGUGCGGGGGUUCACAAAGCAUGAGUCAAGCAACACCAAGUUCCCCGGUACAUAUCUUGGUGUAGUUGAGAAGCUUGACCACUUAAAGGACCUUGGGGUUAAUUGUAUAGAAUUAAUGCCAUGUCACGAAUUCAAUGAGCUGGAGUACUAUAGUUACAACCCUGGACAAGGUGACUAUAGGGUCAAUUUUUGGGGGUAUUCAACCAUCAAUUACUUUUCACCAAUGAUCAGAUACUCAUCAGCCGACAUACAAAACUGUGGCCCGGAUGGGAUUAAUGAAAUUAAGUUCCUCAUCAAAGAGGCACACAAGCGUGGAAUAGAGGUUGUCAUGGAUGUCGUUUUCAAUCAUACAGCUGAAGGGAAUGAGAAGGGUCCCAUUAUUUCUUUCAGAGGAGUUGACAACAGCGUGUAUUACAUGGUUGCACCCAAGGGGGAAUUCUACAACUAUUCAGGAUGUGGGAACACAUUCAAUUGCAACCAUCCAGUUGUACGGAAAUUUAUAGUGGACUGCUUAAGAUAUUGGGUAACAGAAAUGCAUGUGGAUGGCUUUCGCUUUGAUCUUGCUUCUAUAAUGACCAGGGGUAGCAGUCUUUGGAAUGGAGUUAAUGUAUUUGGUGCUCCAAUAGAAGGUGACUUGCUGGCAACUGGAACCCCUCUAAGCAGCCCACCAUUGAUUGAUAUGAUCAGUAAUGAUCCAAUACUUCGCGGAGUGAAGCUUAUAGCUGAAGCCUGGGAUGCUGGAGGCCUUUACCAAGUUGGAACUUUCCCUCACUGGGGUAUUUGGUCGGAAUGGAAUGGGAAGUAUAGAGACACAGUACGUCAAUUUAUCAAGGGCACAGAUGGCUUUGCUGGAGCAUUUGCUGAAUGUGUUUGUGGGAGUCCUAAUUUGUAUCAGAGAGGAAGAAAACCAUGGCAUAGUAUUAACCUUGUAUGUGCUCACGAUGGCUUUACCCUAGCUGAUUUGGUGACUUAUAACAAUAAGCAUAACUUGCCCAACGGAGAAGACAAUAAUGAUGGAGAAAAUCAUAAUAAUAGCUGGAACUGUGGAGAGGAGGGGGAGUUUGUUAGUGCAUCAGUAAAGAAAUUGAGGAAACGACAAAUGCGUAAUUUCUUUCUCUCUCUCAUGGUUUCCCAGGGAGUUCCGAUGAUAUAUAUGGGCGAUGAAUAUGGACAUACAAAAGGAGGAAACAACAAUACCUACUGUCAUGAUAAUUAUCUUAAUUAUUUCCGAUGGGACAAAAAGGAAGAAUCCUCAUCAGACUUCUACAGAUUUUGCCGCCUUUUGACUAAGUUCCGCCACAGGCAAUGUGAGUCGCUUGGCCUAGAUGACUUCCCAACAUCAGACAGGCUGCAGUGGCACGGUCAUUUUCCUGCAACACCAGACUGGUCUGAAACUAGCCGCUUUGUGGCUUUUACCCUGAUGGACUCUGUGAAGGGAGAAAUUUACAUUGCUUUCAAUACGAGUCAUUUACCUUUCACAAUUACCUUGCCAGAGCGUCCUGGUUACAGAUGGGAACCUCUCGUAGACACCAGCAAAUCUGCACCAUAUGAUUUUCUCACCCCUGAUCUUCCUGGAAGAGAUAUUGCAAUACAACAGUAUGCUCACUUUCUUGAUGCAAAUAUGUAUCCCAUGCUUAGUUACUCUUCCGUCAUCCUUUUGCGCACUCCCGAUGUAAAUGCCUAGCUUGGAGAAUCCUGCUGCCUUGUAGAUACACUCUUCCUAGUAUGCUGGAAUCGGUGAACUGAGCAUAGAGAAUGCAUUGAAAGCUUUCCUUUUCCUUUAUGUAGGAAAGUAACAUUAUGAAGAAAAAUGUUGUAUUAGUGAUGGAAUCAUGUAUAUUGGAAAAGUGAACAAGUUGUAUCCGCAUCAAUUUUAGAUACUUUAAUUUAUGUAUAAUUUAUUUAUAAGGUUUAAUGGAAUUAGUUACACCGACAACUAAUAAAAGUCUUUGAUUUA